CAAUGGGCAUGUCAGUUCGCACGAUGCUAGCCGUGUCCUUGGGCGCGCUAGUGCUGCUAGUGCUCGCCCAGCCCGCCCCUGCUAUCACCAUCCAUCCGGCCGUCCUCAAGAACUUCGUGGGUCCGUACCGCAAGCCCGGCGAGCCCGUGCUCCGCGGCCCGUUCUUCGACCGCUCGCGCGUCGUCCGGCAGCGCCUGAUGAAGCCCGUGUCCAUCCUGGCGAGGCGGCCGGAGGCGGAGGUGUCGCCGCAGGAGAUCUUCCUCGGCGCCGUGGAGUCCCCCGCGCAGCCCGAGGAGUGGAACAGAUCACUCAGGUCCUGCGCCGACACCGGAUCAUGCGCCCAGAAUGUGGACAACACCCUCAACUAUCUCAUGCGCAUGAUGGAGACCGGCCGACGCUAAGAAGACCAUGUUCAUGUUUAUUUGUGUUCAUUGUUAACAGUCAUGACUACUAGGACGAGCCAAGAGUAGAGGUUGAUAUCUACAAAGCCAAAGUCCGAGACGCUGCGACGUUUUCGGACGAGAUUUUUUUCAAAGUGAGCGUGUCUUUUGAUGACUGCGUCCGGAACUGGACUUUCGGCCUAGACUUAACCUUGCGAGCCUUGUUGUAAUCACUGCUAGGAUGAUUUCCUUGUAUCUAACAUUAUUCAACAUUAUUUUUUAUUCUUCAGAAUAAACAGAAGUAAUGCUACUUCUUAUAUUCUAGUCUUAUGGUAAUCCAAAUGUUAUUCUUAUGACUAAGAAGCCCAUAACACAGAUUUUUGACAAGGUUGUAGACAUAGUCACCAAUUCCUGAGUUUACAUGUAAUGAAGUUCGGGCUGGAUGAGAACACUAUAAGAUCUAAACUAUCUGUAAAAUAGAGCAUAGAUGUGAAAAAAAUAAAUAAAGGGAAAUUAU